UUUAUCCCGUACGAUGAGGAUUUGGAGCCAAACGCGACCGUAGAAGCGGCCGCCGCAUUCGAGGAAAGCGUGAUUCUUGAAGAAGAUCGUAAUCUCGAGCUCCAAAGACAUUUUACUGGUGAAAUAGGCGCAUGGUAGGCAUUACUCCGAUUGAGUUUUUUUGUCGUUUUUUUUCUUUUUUUUCAUCGUACUGCGUUUCUGUUUUGAUGUAAUUUGCUCACAGCAGAAGGGAACCCAGUACAAGUAUCUAAAUUCUCUAACUUUGUGAAAUAAAAACAAUACUGAACGGAGCACAUGUCUUUUUUGUUUGUUAAUUGCACUUGUACGAACUGGUCCGUCGCCAUCAGGUCCCAUCACCACCAAAACGGAGGAGUGUAUUUGCUGCAAAGAAAUGGACCGUGUAAGGGAAGUAUGGGUAAAGUAG